GAAGACUGAUAGCUAUAGUGUGCUUGGGCCAAUUGGAACCCUCAUCCCCGUUUGAUGGAGGAGGACCCGGUGAAGAAGAGUCAAGUGGUUGAUGCCCGCGCCAGAAAUAUCAGCCAUAAUGUUAGGUGCACUGAGUGUGGGAGUCAGUCCAUUGAAGACUCACAAGCUGAUAUCGCCAUUCUUCUUCGCAAGUUAAUUCGUGACGAGAUUCAUGCUGGGAAGAGUGACAAGGAGAUCUACAAGAAGCUUGAGGAGGAUUUCGGGGAGACAGUACUUUAUGCCCCAAAAUUUGAUCUGCAGACUGCAGGCUUAUGGCUAUCACCGCUUGUGGUUGCCGGUGCUGCUGCAGGUAUCUGGGCUUAUAAGAAGCACAGGCAAAGGACUAACGUCCAUGUCAUGGCUUUGAACCUUAUUAGAGGUGUUCCACUGACCCCAAAUGAGAAGCAAACCAUGUUAGACCUCCUCACGCCGCCACCUUCAAGAGGAAAUGUACCUUCGUCAUGGUGGAGGAGGUGGAGAGAACAAUGAUGACGCGUCUUCCAUACGCUUUCUUUCUUGAAUAUACUUUGAACUACGGUCAAACUCUCGUGGCAAAGAAUGUUAAUUAUAGCUCAAAU